AUGUUGGCCAGAAAAAGCAUCAUUCCAGAAGAGUAUGUUCUUGCCCGCAUUGCAGCUGAGAAUUUGGGCAAGCCCCGCAUUCGAGACCGCCAGCGCAAAGCCCGCUUCAUUGCCAAAAACGGCGCGUGCAACCUGGCUCACAAGAACAUCCGUGAGCAGGGACGCUUCCUGCAAGACAUCUUCACCACCUUGGUGGACCUAAAAUGGCGUCACACUUUGGUGAUCUUCACCAUGUCCUUCCUCUGCAGCUGGUUGUUCUUCGCCAUGAUGUGGUGGCUGGUGGCUUUCGCCCAUGGAGACAUGGACAAGCCUUGCACCAAUGAAGAAAUCAGCAAAUGGAAACCUUGUAUCACCUGUGUCAGGUCCUUCAUCUCUGCUUUCCUCUUCUCCAUUGAGGUCCAGGUGACCAUUGGUUUCGGUGGAAGGAUGAUGACCGAAGAAUGUCCUAUCGCCAUCAGUGUUUUGAUCCUUCAAAACAUUGUGGGCUUGAUCAUCAAUGCAGUCAUGCUAGGCUGCAUCUUUAUGAAAACCGCCCAAGCCCACCGGAGAGCAGAAACUUUGAUUUUCAGUCGGAACGCCGUCAUCGCUGUCCGUAAUGGCCACCUGUGUUUCAUGUUCCGCGUAGGGGACCUGAGGAAAAGCAUGAUCAUUAGUGCCUCGGUACGAAUCCAGGUUGUCAAGAAGACCACCACUCCAGAAGGAGAAGUCAUCCCAAUCCACCAGCUUGAUGUUCCGGUAGACAAUCCUCUUGAAAACAACAAUAUUUUCCUGGUGGCUCCGUUGAUCGUUUGCCACGUCAUUGAUAAGCGGAGUCCUCUUUAUGACAUUUCCUCCAAUGACCUGGCCAACCAAGACCUAGAAAUCAUUGUCAUACUUGAAGGUGUGGUGGAAACCACUGGAAUCACCACCCAAGCCAGAACAUCCUACAUAUCAGAAGAGAUCCUCUGGGGUCAUCGCUUUGUGCCCAUCGUCACUGAAGAGGAAGGGACUUACGCUGUCGACUACUCCAAAUUUGGCAACACCAGCAAAGUCGCGGCGCCCCGCUGCAGUGCCAAGGAACUGGAUGAGAAGCCCUCCAUUCUCAUCCAGACCCUCCAGAAAAGUGAGCUGUCCCACCAAAACUCUUUGAGGAAACGUAACUCCAUGAGAAGGAAUAACUCAAUCCGGAGGAAUAACUCAAUCCGGAGGAAUAACUCUUCCUUCAUUGUGCCUAAAGUCCAGUUCAUAACGCCAGAAGGCAACCAAAACACCAUGGAAACAUGA